UAAAGGUCCGCUGGAGCCGGUCCCUGCCAGAGCCCAGAGCCUGCCGACCCACGCAGACCUUCGGCUAAGCCUGCUGCCCAGAGCCCCAUGAAGCUGACGGCCCUUCAGCUGCUGCUGUGGCAGAGCGCACUCUGGCUGGUGCCAGCAGCCGCCCCCCUGCGCCCGACCAGCUCGCUGCCCCAGAGCUUCCUGCUCAAGUGCCUGGAGCAAAUGCGGAAGGUCCAGGCUGAUGGCACAGUGCUGCAGGAGAGGCUGUGCGCCACCCACAAGCUGUGCCACCCCGAGGAGCUGGUGCUGCUCGGACACGCCCUGGGCAUCCCCCAGCCUCCCCUGAGCAGCUGCUCCAGCCAGGCCCUGCAGCUGACGGGCUGCCUGCGUCAACUCCACAGCGGCCUCGUCCUCUACCAGGGCCUCCUGCAGGCUCUGGCGGGGAUAACCCCCGAGUUAGCCCCCACCUUGGACAUGCUGCAGCUGGACAUCAGCGACUUUGCUCUCAAUAUCUGGCAGCAGAUGGAAGAGCUGGGGCUGGCCCAGGCAGUGCCGCCCAGCCAGGGCACCAUGCCAACCUUCACCUCGGCCUUUGAGCGCCGGGCCGGAGGGGUCCUGGUGGCCUCCAACCUGCAGAGCUUCCUGGAGCUGGCCUACCGCACUCUGCGCUGCUUUGCCAAACCCUGAGCAAAACCCUCCCCAACCAGUGUAUUUAUCUUUAUUUAAUAUUUAUGCUUAUUUAAAUCUAAUAUUUAAAGACAAGGAAGAGCAGGACGGAGCCCCGGACUCUCGGGUCCUUCCUGCCGUCUCCAAGUUCCAUUCUCCUGCUUGUGGCAGGGAGAAAAGCCCCCAUCUUCCUGUCCCCUGGACUGGGAGGUAGCUAUAGGUAAAUACUGCGUAUUGAGUCCUGUGACUGCUCCCUGGCCUGGCUCCACGGUGGGCACUGGGAAGAACCCCAGUGAACUCCUUACCCCAGCGGUACCCACCUUGAGGCCCCUGGAAGCAUCAGGAAGUCUCCCAUGUGGGAGACAAGACAACCCUGUUUAAUAUUUAAACAGCAGUGUUCCCCUCCUGGGUCCCCCUCGCUCUGGCCUCACCAGCUUGGCUUGCACAUGCCCGGUGGGCCAGGUCUUGCUUCUCCUCACAUCCCCUUCGCCACCAGCAUUAGGCCCCACGGGAGGUGGAGAGCCUGGGCAUCGUUUCUCAUCUUUCUGGAUGCCCUAGAGUGACAAUGACAGGCUCCUGACGCCUGCCCCAGCCUCAUUAGGGUCAGGAUUCUGACUCUUCAAGGGCUGGGCAGAGGCUCAUGUAUCAGCCUUGCU